AUGUAUUGUCUAUUCCGUUUGAUCUUUAUUAUAUUUGUUGCUGAAAGUAUUAAUAUAAUGCAUAUUUUUCAAGAUAAGAAUCCAUUUACUACAAAUGAUAGCAAGCCAAAAGAAAAAUUUAUGCUUAUUCCAAGUAUAGGCUAUGAACUCGAUAAAAAACAAGGCAAUGCGACGUUGACAUUCGACGGAUGGUAUUACAGAUCAUUAGAUUCAAGUAUUAUAAAAAAUAUUAUUAAGAAUACUCUGCAAGCUGCACUUGGUUUUAUGGAUAAGGGUGAAACAGCAAAUGAAGAACGCCUAGAACCAUUUUUCGUUGCAGAUGUUUCCGAUCGUAAAUUUCAAUUAAGACUAAGCGAAUCGAUUUCUCAGAUCGUUUCAACUGAUGAAAACGGUCGCUUUCAUCAGACUAUAAUAGUUAAUUCAUUGACAAGAUUACCUGUACAAGGACAAGUAUUAAAAUAUAUCGCUAUUGAUGAUAGCCAUUCUCAAAAUGGAUAUGAAGGUACCGUUUAUGUAAUGAAAACUACCGAUCACAUUGGUUGCUCGAUUAUUUCGGAUAUUGAUGACACUAUCAAAAUAUCUGAAGUACCAUUUAAAACAAAGCUAAUGGUGAAUACGUUCAAGAAACCAUUUGAAGCCGUACCAGGUAUGUCGGGUGUUUAUCGUUCGUGGGAAUCUUUACACCAAUGCUUAAUACAUUAUGUUAGUGCAAUGCCUUCACAAUUAUACUAUGUAACACAAAAUUUUCUUAAUCAACAAAACUUUCCUGGUGGUUCCUUUCAUAUGCGUCAUUUGAAAUUAGUGAGCAGCGAAAAAAUUAAUUUACUAAAGCACAUUAUUGAUUUUGUUCAACAUGAUGCGUCUCAAAAACAUAAAAUAUCCGUCAUUGAAAAUAUUCUUACACAUGCUCCUAUAAAACAACAGUUUACUAUGGUUGGUGAUUCGGGCGAAGUUGAUCCUGAGAUUUACGGAACUAUUGCUCGAAGAUUUCCUCAUAGAAUCAAUAUGAUAUUCAUUCGCGUUGUUGACGGUGGUAAAAAUGGCGAUAAUCGAUUUGAAAACGCUUUUCAAAAUGUUUCUCGUGAUAAAUGGAAAUUAUUUUCCAGUGCAGCUGAACUUCCUAAACAAUUAUACAAUGAUGUAAACACAAGAAUUCCAAUUGAUAUGACGAUUGAUUUCACUUCUGCUAAGCCAAAUAAUACUAAGAUGUUAUCAACUUCGUUUGUCUUUGCCAUCUUACCAGUGCUUGUAACUUUAUUUUUCAUCAGUCAAUAUAUCUAA